ACAAAAUCGAAGACCUUAUUUGCACAAGGAACCUGCUCAUCCCCUCCGUUUUAUUUUAUCUUUCUCGCUCUUUUCCUCUCACCUCCCCGGAGAGACGAGGUUGGUAUUUAUUGAGUAAGAUCUGAUGUACUUUCCGGUGGAUCUCGUCUCUACACAAGAUCAUGAUGGCCCUUGAAACUAAAGAAACUAUGCAAAGGAACUGUGAGGCAUCCUUAAAAUGCCUCCAGAGCCCGGGAGUCCCUUACAAACUGCAGUGUAAUGGGAAUUCUGUAGAUGGCUUUUCAGAGCUUAAAGAUAAAAUAAACACUCACCAAGGUGGGGAUUUUGAACCAGAGCGCCCAUUGGGUUGCAAGUUUCCUGAGCCACCUAAUGAUUUUUACAACAAGCCAACCUACCAGCAUGAUUUUGGCAAAUGGUCAACCUUCCAUUUUGAUUCUCAAAAGGUGCAGCGGUGCCACAUCAACUCUUUUGAGAGCCAGUUUUGCCAAUUCCCUUUGGAGAAUCAGUUUCAAUAUGUUCCUUUUAAUACGAUUGCUCAAGGUCACCCCUAUGAUUUCCAAUUUCAAGAUUUUCAGUAUUUUGUGGUCAUAGAUUUUGAGGCUACCUGUGAUAAAGAUAGAAAUCCUCACCCACAAGAGAUAAUUGAGUUUCCAUCUGUUAUCGUGAGUAGUGUAACUGGCCAGCUGGAAGCAUGUUUUCAGACAUAUGUGCGACCAACUUGCAAUCAGCACUUGAGUGAUUUCUGCAAGGGUCUAACUGGUAUCCAACAAAUUCAGGUGGACAGAGGUGUUACUUUAAGUGAGGCUCUCCUUAGGCAUGACAAAUGGCUUGAGAAGAAGGGGAUUAAGAGCACUAAUUUUGCUGUGGUGACAUGGUCAAAUUGGGAUUGUAGGGUGAUGCUGGAAUCUGAGUGUCGAUUCAAGAAGAUUAGAAAGCCUCCUUAUUUUAACCGAUGGAUCAACUUAAAGGUACCUUUCCAUGAGGUUUUUGGUGGUGUGAGGUGCAAUCUUAAGGAGGCGGUUGAGAUGGCAGGCUUGGUAUGGCAGGGACGUGCUCACUGUGGCCUGGAUGAUGCGAAAAACACUGCUCGCCUACUUGCCCUCCUCAUGCACAGGGGUUUUAAAUUCUCCAUUACAAACUCUCUGAUGUGGCAGACUACUGACCGAUCAUUGAUGUGGAAGCAGUCCCCAGAGCCCCUGUCCUCCCCUCAUCAGCCACAGAAACCAAAGGAUAUUCAUAUUCCUGUUUUCCCCUAUCACCCUUAUUGUUUCUGUGGGGUGAAGAGCAGCAGAGGAAUGGUCCAGAAGCCGGGGCCAAAGCAAGGGAGCAUCUUCUUUGGCUGUGGAAAUUGGACUUCCACUAGAGGAGCCCUCUGCCAUUACUUUGAAUGGGUUGCUUCCUGAAUGGGAGUAUGAGAAGACUUCUCUCAAUCUCCCCAAUGUUAUCCUAAGUCUUCAUAAAAUGUUUUCCGUAAAAAUUGAAAAAAGAAAAGAAAAGAAGGGAUAAGUAAUGGGUUGUCUCCUAGUAGAAGCCAGUAUGCCUUAGGUGCUUGGUGAGGUUUCUGCUUCAUACAAUAUACAUAUAAAUAGUUGGCUCAUUUGCUUAAUAUUGUGUCUGCUAUAGACCAAGUAGUCUUCUAAGGAAAGGGAGCUUCAACCUGUAAAGCUGACUUACUAUUGACUGGAGAACAGCUGGGAAUGCAAGGAUGGGUAGUUAGGAUGGUGCUUUUACAUGCUCUGGCAUGCUAAGUUUAUCUUAAAUAAUUUGUGAGAUAGAGACACUUAUCUGAAUGCAUUUUUAAUUGGAAUCAGUAGAUUUGCUCGGCCUGGUCUGCUGAUUUCAUUUGUUUGAUAUUA